AUUUUUCUCAUCCUUCACUAUUAAAUAUCACAUUUCAAUUGAUCUUGAGUUGAGUACAAUGAGUUCCAAAAACGUUUUCCUCAUCCUUGGUCUAUUGGCCAUGGUUCUUGUUAUUUCCUCAGAGGUGUCAGCUAGAGAAUUAGCUGAGACUGCCACUAAUACCAAAGAGGAAGUUGCUGAAAAGUCAAAUGAAGUAAAUGAUGCCAAAUAUUACGGUGGAGGCUACGGUCAUGGAGGCUAUGGUCAUGGCUAUGGUCAUGGCUAUGGUCAUGGAAGCUACGGCCACGGUGGAGGCUACGGUAGUGGUGGUCACUAUGGUGGUGGAGGCUAUGGUCACGGUGGUGGAGGUUAUGGUCAUGGUGGUGGAGGUUACGGUGGCGGAGGGUACGGUCAUGGUGGUGGAGGUUACGGUCAUGGCGGUGGUGGUUACGGUCAUGGCGGCGGUGGUGGUUACAACGGUGGUGGUGCUUCCGACAAUGAGGUUGUUGAAAAGUCAGAUGAAGUAAAUGAUGCCAAAUAUGGACACUAUGGUGGUGGAGGUAGUCACUAUGGAGGUGGUAGUCACUAUGGUGGUGGUGGUAGUCACUAUGGAGGUGGUAGUCACUAUGGUGGUGGACAUGGUGGACACUAUGGUGGUGGACAUUAUGGUGGUGGUGGAGGACAUGGUGGACAUGGCGGUGCUUCCGACAAUGGCAACUGAUGAUACUAUCAUGCAUGUAGCACGUUCUAAGUAAUAAGUUUCAUGAGAAUGAAUAAUGUUUGGUGUUAAAUAAAAGUGGUAUAGUUAGUCAUCAAUCUCUUGUGGUUAUGUAUCAUAUCAUCUUUUUAAAUGUGGUGACGAGUAUGAUGUCAAGUCAAAGUGAUGAAUGUGCUAUCAUUUGUAAUACAUCAAAUAUCAUCGUUGUUUGUUGGUA